ACAACCCAAAUCAGGCAAAAUCAGGCCUCAACGCACCUUAUCCUCCUGCACGCUCGCGUGCGUGUAUAUAUAUGUAUGCUAUCAGACUCUUGAAGAAAGCAAGAAUCAGUUCAAUUCCAUAAAACAUAGAAGAAUCAAAGUUUUAAGCUGUUGCAAGAUGAGGAGUAAGGUAAAUGAUGCGGCAGCUGCAGCUGCACUCAGAAGACGUUUUAAGGGGCAAAGGCCGAUUCCCCAGAGAGGCCAAAUCAAGAGGAAGAUAGCAGCAAAGGCAUUUCAAUCACUGGUGUCUAUCGUUUCGGCAUCCUCUGCUCAGUAUUCGAAUUCAACAAGGAACAAAUGAGCUUAUUGAGGGGACAUGGCAGGGCUGUCCUAUGAGACAUUUGUUUCUAGUAGCCAUCUUUGUUUGGUAACCAAUUUUGGUGAAGGAAUUCUUAUUCCCUGUAUAGAUAUUUUUUCUGAAUGAAUUUACGGAUAUGAAACUUCCAUUCACAUUGAACAUUUAUAAUAUGGAUAUAUGUUGAACACAAACAAUCACACCCAUAUAUAUGCAUAUAUGUAUGAGUAAGACGGACGUGGGCUGGUGCUGAAUGGAAAAAUAUUCUUUGAUCAAUUUCUCUCACACGAUAGAACAGUUUCUUGACAACCCAGGAUUUCUAAGGAAUAUAUCACUAUGCAGCGUGCACAAUCUGCAUGCAUCAAAAAAGCUAAAAGUCAUUCUGGACAGCCUCAUGAUGGUCUAACUUGACCUAGCAAGAAUGUUGAGAAUCAUUCUUUGGUUACACACCAAGGCACAGAAUUAGCCUCCAAAAGGGGCAGGAAACCAUGAUACCUUUCCCACAUUCCAAGGGACAACAUGACCAUUUUGCUCUCUUAAAAUACUCUACCACCAUAUGAUAGAUUGCAUCAGUACUGCAUGUCUAAGUAAAUCCUAUUGCAAAUCAUUCAGCAAUCGCUGCUGCUAUGAGAUUUAGCAGCUCCAUUAUUGGACAGAGUAUGGCAGCAAAGCAUUCUCUUCAUGCUGUUCCUCUGAACAGAUCACAUGAACUGCGACAAGCAGAGGUUAUGAUGGCGUCCCAACUGCCAUAUACCAAGAUGGCCAUCAGAAUAAAACCACUGAAGCUAUUCAUGGCAGUACCUAGUGACUCUAUCACCAACGGAGGUCUUGCAUUUCCUCGAACAACUAACUAUCAGUAUGGGCCAAAAUAUGCAGUUUAAUGUGGAGCAUAUAUGUGAAGGGAAGGACAAUACAGCUGGAGUCAAUUGGCACUUGGACUGGAACAAGAUACAAGUCCCCUUCACCAAAGGAUGCAGCAGUUACUCACUAUCAGUACACGGUGAUAAACUAGUUAUCAGGAAAGCUCAAGUCCUCAUUGAGUCGCCAAUCAAACUAGGAAUUGUAGCACUGACUAUAUUCAAGAUCGUGAGUGCACUAUUUGAUGCAUUCCCAAUGGCUACAGAGUGGUUUUUAAAGAGUCCACACAUUGUGUUUCAGCUACUGCUAAAGGCAUACAGCAUUGCUGUAGAGCCCAUAAUAGGCCCAUUCCUAGCGUGGUACAUUAAUCUACUGAAUUUUGCAGCUUGUAUUCUCAGCAUCACCCUCAAGAUAUUUUACUACCUAGCAAAGAUUCUUAACAUGCAGUGAAUAGCUUCACAGUCAGAACCAUUACCAAUCACUAGAAGGAAAGGCUUUCAUGUCACCUGUCAAUCAUCAUUGCUAUCCCUCUUAGUCCAUGAUUCCAGCACUGAGAGAGCAACCAAUGUUCCGAGAAACGGGGGAAGUGUCGGUGGCCUGCUGAAAG